CUAUUUUAUUGUGUAUGCUAAUUGAUUAAUUAGAUUUUUUUUUAUCUCCUUAUUGUUAUUUAUAUUCCACAUGGAGCUUCAAUUAGGUUUGGAUCUUCCAACUACUCAUCAUGAUCAUCAUAAUCAUCAUGAUAGUAUAGAGUGUUGUGAAUUGUGGAGUAGAGGAAUUGGUUUUAGUAGUAGUGAAAGUAACAAAAAGCAUGUAAGAAAGAAGCGUAGCUUUGAAGAUUAUGCCUUUGGACAAUGUUCUUUGAACAAGACUACUUUGCCUUUGCUAGUAUGGAGUGGACACCCAAAUGAGGAAGAAGAAGAAGAUGACUCUAAUAAUGGAAACAUUCAUAGAAGGAAUAUUCACUUAUCAAACAAGAAUGAAGGGGAGGAAAAUCAUUUGGUGGGGUGGCCACCAAUUAAGUCAUGGAGGAAGAAAGAACUAAAUCAUCAUCAUCAAUAUCCUACAAUAAUAAGGAACAAUAAUAGGAUGAUGCAAGCAACAAAUCAUCAUGAGAAUCAAAAUUGAAGAGAAGAUAAAUUAAACUCUUUGUAUGUUAAGGUUAAUAUGGAAGGGGUAACAGUAGGAAGGAAGAUUGAUUUGAUGCUUUACAAUUCUUACCAGACUCUUACACACACUUUGAUUACUAUGUUUGCUAAAUACCAAGAUUUUGAGGAAGAUGGAACAAGUUAUAAACUCACCUUUCAGAAUGAACAAGGAGAUUGGUUGCUUGCUGGACAUGUUCCAUGGCAAUCAUUCAUUGGUACCGUGCGGCGUUUGGCAAUACUAAGGAAUGAAAAAUGAAACUACUAAGUACUAAUCAACUUGAGUUGAUCGAGUAGUCAAUUUAUUCAUCCGCUUAAGUAAGUAGUCAGGAGUUUGAAUUCUGUCUUAUAAUUUUGUACCUUAGACGUUCACGUUCUUUAUUUAAUGGUAUUAGGUUUGGUUUAAAAAGAAUACUAGAAUAACUUGUAGAAAGCAAAAGCAAAAUAUGUGACCUUCUCUUUUUCUUUUCUUUGUAUUUGUACACAAAAAAAAAAAUUAAAAUAUGUGACAAAAGUAAAAUUAAGUAUUUCUAGUUUUUUUUUUGU